AUGGCACUCGACAUCACCUCGCAGACCUUGCUUCAACCCAGAACAUCGCAUAGUGCGAUUUACGAAACUCUUCAAGAGUAUGGCAUGGAGCCAUAUGAACUGCAUCUAGUCAACGCGAAGGUUAUCAAGCACGGAAGGAAGACUUUCGCGAUCUUGCUUAUGAUCGAUCAAGGAGUCAAAAUUCGGACAUUUCUUGAACACACAUGGAGUAGUGUCGAUAUGAGACUCCCUUUUUCGUCCUCCGAAGUGGAGAAAGUACUUGAUAAAUUUGCAGCGAUUAAUUUCUGUUCGAGACAAUGGGAGCUGAUCGCACCUAUAUUCUUCGAGAGGCAGCCGCAUUCCUGUUUCGACGACAACAUCAUCCUUCCAUUCACAAGUGAAAGACUACUAGACGAAAACAAGCAAGGGUCAUUUGGUUCGAUUUAUGAGGUGAAGGUGCCAAGGUCUCACGUGAAGGCGGCUGUGACCGAAGCUGAAGAGGAUCUUACUAUAAUACGGAAAGAUAUUAGCGUAACAUCAUUUCUGGAUGUUGGGGUGAACACUCAGGAUGAUCGGACGAGCAUUAACUUCCGGGCCGAAUUGAAGAUGCUCGCAAACCUGCAAACCCUGGAGCAUUCCAAUAUCCUUCCACUAUACGGUUCUUAUACCCUGAACGGCAUUCACAGCUUCCUCUUUCCUCAGAAAACGGGUAGCCUGAAGGAAAUCCUCCUGGGAAAAAUAGACACUGGCAUUUUCGCAACAGACAGGCAGACUUUCAAAGCUCUCGGAGACCUCUCUUCUGCAAUUGAAAAUCUACACCACUUCACGUCAGAUUUAUUCCAGGUAGACCUAAUUGGAUGUCAUCGAGAUAUCAAACCUGGUAACAUUCUUGUUGACGCAGAAGGCCUCUAUCUGGCGGAUUUCGGACUGUCCGUUUUCAGGGAGGCAACUGAUGGAUCAUCAACAUCGUACAAUCAUGGAGGCGGCUUCUACCGAAGCCCAGAAUGCGAGAUACCGACUACUCAAUUUGAACGUGGCAAGAUAAACCGCGCCAGUGAUAUUUGGUCUUUCGGAUGUAUACUUGCGGACAUACUCACGUUCCUGGCUCAUGGACAUCAAGCGGUGACCAGGUUCCAAGAGAAGAGAAAGGUCGUUGUAGGAGGAUGUUUCCAGACGCACACCUUCCACGACGGAGGGAAAGAUCACCCGCAAGUAAGACCCUGGCUUCAGAACCUUCCAAUAAACGCCGACACUGCGAGAGCAGGACUGCGAACUCUUGUUCUAAAGAUACUGGACAUUGAUCCCCUCAAAAGACCAGGGAUUUCGAUUGUUACACUGACUUUGCGCAAGCUUUCAAUUCAAUGCCAGUUGAAGAAUAUAUCGAUGGAUCUUGAAGCUCUCCGCAGCUCUUCAGGUGAUGUAGAGUUGGCGAUGGAGUGCGAGCGCCUUUCGUUGAUUCAAGAAUCCGUUGACGAUACGCAAGACGAUCCAAUGCUCAAGGCCCUACGAUUAGCAUUUGAGAGCAAGCUAUCAAGUUCGACGGUCCUCGAUGACAUCUCUACAAGCCUAGGAUAUCUCGAGGCCGAGAUGGCACACCAAAUUCAAAAGGAUUUGGAGUCGCGAAAUCUUCAUCUGAUUCGAUUCUAUUUGCAUGGCGCAAUCGGCGGGCUACUCAGUGGUACAUCAGAAGCGAUACAAAACGAUCUGCAAACACGAUUGGAAACGAUCUUCUUGAGUACCGAGGAUCGAACGAUUUUGGAAAAAUAUAGAGAUAUUUUCAGCGACUCGGAACAGUAUCAUGUGCUCAGUCGGCUUGCGGCCGCAAAGCUGAUGGCCUUGUCUCUCUCUUCACCGUCCCUGGGUAAUAAGGGAGGACUACAGUGCGAGCCAACAGCAAUCACCUCGCCGAGGCUGAUGGACAACAUUGAGGUUGCUGAGCUCAAGGGAACUUGUGUAAUUGUGGAAAGCAAAAGGAUCGAAGCAAAUUGGACCGACGAAUAUGGAAAACACCUACUGCAGCGUGUUACAGGUUCGGCUCAAGAACUCGCAAAAGAGCCUAUCUCGGGCUUCAAUACGCUUCGAUGCGUUGGAUUUUGUUGCGAUAUGCCUAAGCUCUCGUUCAAGCUCCUGUUCGCCUUCCCGAAACAUGUCGAGGCAGACGCAACGCCUCGAACCUUGAACAGCGCUCUUACCCAACCUAUAGUAAUGGAGAAAGACCGUCCGAAGAAAAAAGCGAACAUCAAAAAGCCCAGGCUAGAGCACCGCUUCAAACUUGCACUCAGUCUUGCUCGCUCCAUCUCACAGUUCCACAAAGCUGCGUGGCUGCAUAAGAACAUCAAUUCAAGCUCAGUCAUUUUUUUCCCAUCUUCCAGCCAGAAAGCAGAUAGCAAAAACCAGAAAGAGAAUCUGACCAUCGACUUCACACAACCAGUCAUCGUGGGUUUCAAUCAUAGUCGUUUAGAGAACGAGAAUGAAUGGUCGGAGGGACUGUUAGGCCAGGAAGAUUUGCUUGACUAUCAGCACCCGGACUACGCAAUCAAUCGCAAAGGAUAUCGCCUCGCUUACGAAUAUUACGGUCUAGGAAUAGUGUUGCUUGAGAUCGGGCUCUGGCAAACACUGAAGCAGCUGACGGAAGGUGUCGACGACAACACACCUCCACAUACACUCAGUCAGAUUGUCAGCGAGGAUUUAGUGCCAGAACUUGGUCCGCAAAUGGGCUCGACGUACACCAGUAUCGUACAAUUUUGUUUAGGAGACACCGAGAAUGAGUUUUCAGAGGCCUUAACACCGGAAAUUCGCUCAAGAGAGUUAAAGCUGAAGUUUGAAAAUAUAGUAGUAGCACGUUUACAAGCAUGUGUCAAAGCUCUAGACGCAGCUGACUGUGGUUGA